CUUCCCAUUUAUAAGCUUCUCAUCUCACUCUAACAUGGGUUUCCCUUCUCAGUGUCCCCAUUUCUCACUCAUAGCCGCGUUCUGAAUUGAACGCGGCAAAAUCAUCAUCAGCUCAGCCGCAACCGCACAGGUUUUUUCUUCUUCUCUUGUUGAAAGAAAAAAUAUUUCUUGCUCUGCAAGAAAUUAGGAAAUGAAAGCAAGAUUAAGGUUAGGGGUUCCAUGGCAUCUGGUAACGCUAAUGCUCCUUUCAUUACCAUCUAUCAUUUUUAAUGUUUGCUAUGGCCAAACGGAUGACUAUGAGAGUCCUGCAGCCCCACCACCAGGACUGGAUGAAUGUAACGGCAUCUUUCUUACCUAUUCUUUCACCUCUCGUGAAAAAGAAUAUCCAAAGGUAAAGAAUGCAUCCGCGCAGGCAUGGGCGUUCAAAUCUUUGGCAACGAUAAUUAAUACAGGCGAACAUGAACUGAAGGGUUGGCAGAUGUUUGUAGGUUUUCAGCACAAAGAAAUUUUAGUGUCUGCUUCUGGGGCAAUCGUCGUCGAUGGCGAUGACUUCCCUGUGGCAGUUGGCAAUGGGACAAUCUUCGCAGGAAAUCCACAGGUUGACCUCAAGACUGCAAUUGAAACAGCUGGAGAUUUCACCCAGAUUUCAGCACAGAUUGAGAUUACAGGUUCCGUGUUUGGAAUCAAGCCACCAGGAGUGCCUAUGCCAAAGAAUAUCAAGCUUAUGAAUGAUGGAUACAAAUGCCCUAAACCGACUUUGCGAGGAAAAAGCUAUAUGCGUGUUUGUUGUAAGAAGGAUCCCAAAGCCAAGGAAGAAAAGAAAAGGCUCAAGUUCUUGCCUCGUAGAUAUGGGGAUCUUUCUCUCACUUAUGAUGUGCUUCAAGCCUACGGUAACAACUACCAGGCCCAAGUUACUAUGGAUAACAUCCAUCCAUUAGGCCGGCUUGAUCACUGGAACUUAACCUGGGAAUGGAUGAAUGGAGAGUUCAUUUCCACAAUGAGAGGAGCCUACACUCACAAAAGGGACUUUUCCGAGUGUAUUUAUGGUACUGCAGGAAAAUAUUACAAAGAUUUCGACUUCUCCACUAUUAUGAACUGUGAAAAAAAGCCGGUCAUCUCAGAUCUUCCUCCAGAUAGAAAAAAUGAUUCACAAGUUGGGAAGUUGCCAUACUGUUGUAGAAAUGGUACCCUUUUGCCAGCUAUAAUGGAUGAGAGCAAGGCAAGGUCCAUAUUCCAAUUGCAAGUCUACAAGAUGCCUCCUUUCUUGAACAGGACUGCCCUUGUACCACCCGAUAAAUGGAAGAUUGAUGGGGUUGUCAAUCCUCAAUACAAGUGUGGCCCUCCAAUCAGAGUAGAUCCAACAGAAUUUCCUGAUCCGAGUGGACUUGAUUCUAAAACUUAUGCUGUUGCAAGUUGGCAAGUAACUUGCAACAUAACACGUCCGAAGGAGAAGCUUUCGCGAUGCUGUGUUUCUUUCUCUGCUUAUUACAAUAGAUCUGCCAUUCCCUGCAAUACUUGUGCCUGUGGCUGUGAUAAUAAUAAAGGUUGCAGCCAGAAUGCAAAAGCAAUGCUUCUCCCGCCAGAGAGUCUUCUCGUGCCUUUUGAUAACAGGACAGAAAAGGCAUUAGCAUGGGCUGCACUAAAUAAAUUCAAAGUUCCAAAUCCCAGACCUUGUCCUGAUAACUGUCCAGUUAGCAUCAAUUGGCAUAUUGACUCUGAUUUCAAGACUGGAUGGACUGCUAGUGUCACUCUUUUCAACUGGGAUGAUUCUCCUUUCGAGGAUUGGUUUGCUGCAAUCAAAUUAGACAAAGCCUAUAAGGGCCUUGAAGGUGUGUAUUCCUUAAAUGGAACAAAGUUUGACAACCUCAACAACACUAUAUUACUCCAAGGCCUACCAGGUUUGAAUUUCUUGAUGGGAGAGGUAAAUGGCACCAAACCAGGAGACCCUAGGGUUCCUGGAAAGCAACAAACUAAGAUAUCAUUUAUCAAAAAACGUACUCCAGGCAUCAAUAUACCACGCGGUGAUGGGUUUCCUACAAGAAUACUUUUCAACGGAGAAGAGUGUGCACUGCCUACGCAAAUUCCCCGGUCGAGUGCACAGCAAAAAUCCCAUUUUAAGUUCCUCAUAGUCAUAAUCAUGGCAAUCGUGACUUUCAUUCUGAUGUCAGAUCACCUCCAUUGAUCGUCGUUCGAGGUUAAUAUUCUGGUUUUUCUGGUUUGGAAUUAUCUUGGGUGAGUAUUUAUUUUGCUUUUAUUAAUUUCACCGAAAGCUUUGUAGCACUUCAUAAAGACUUGGACUAGACAGUAGCCAUUUUCUUUCUCAGGACAAAACUUUUAUGCCUCAGCAGCGGAGCCGGAAGAAAUGUAUGCGCAUUUCAGUGGACUAGAUAUGAACAAUGAAUUCAGGGCCUGCAUCUGCUAAAGUUGAUUGUCAAGGGAAGAUGGGAGGGAUUGUAACAAAGUUCAAAACUGAAAAAUGUCAAUACUUAUUACAAAACUCUAACCACCAGUAGUUAAUAAUUUGCAAAACAGUGAUGAAUUUUCCAAAUAUAUGCUGAUUACUUAGCUGUCUUUUCGUUCACGUAGUAUGCCCGAUGAGGUUUUGAUGGAAUAUAGAACAACUUUCAGUUCA